AUGAUUCUCUCCAUCGACGCUGGCUUGCGCAAUCUCGCACUGUGCACGCUGCACCCCACGACCCGCAAGAUCUUUAGCUGGCGCAAGCUGGAUGUGUGCUCCGGCCGCACUUGGGACCCCGUUGGGGUAUGCUCGAAUCUGAAACAUUUGCUGGACCUGGAGCUCGCUGACACACCUCCCCUGACCCAUAUCGUCCUCGAGUCCCAGCCCGCCAGCAACAACAAGACCUGCGCUAUCAACCAUUUCCUGAUGAGCUACUUUGUGCACCGCUAUGGGGCUCACUCGAAAGAGCCACAGCUCGUCAUCACCGCCGCCAGGAGCAAAUUCAAGGAUCUGGGUGUACCCAAGGAAGACCUUGUGACGUAUUCGCAGCGCAAGGCGUGUGCCGUCCAGCAGGCCCUCAAGGCUCUGGAAGAAACCCAGGAGGAUGAAAAGUGGCUGUGGUCCUUCCAGAACACAGCCAAGAAGGACGAUCUCGCCGAUGCUUAUCUGCAAGCGCUGUGCGCCCUCUAUUCCAUGACCGGUGCCCACAGCAACGAGCAGUACAAGCAGGCCCUCCAGAGCAUCGCAUCGACCCUGGGGCCGUACAAGUCCUGGACGUCACACGUCAAGGACGGUGUGCAGGCCAAUGCCCAGAUGCAGCGCAGUCAGCACCAACCCAGCCAUCCAUACCGAACACACGACAAAGUUUUCAAGUACUACUUCCCUCCCGGUGCCCUCCACGCCCAGAAGCACAACUCACAACGCCACAGCCAGAUCCAACAGGGUCAGCAGCAGUACAAUGAUACCCAUGCUGUGCAGCAGAAGCAAUUCCCCAGUGGACACUACAGCCAAUCCAAUAAAAAACGGGACACCCGGGAUUUUGACCAUUGA